GUGGUCUAUAAGAUAAAGUAUAUGUCAGUCAAGAAAAAUCAGUGAAAUUGUCCAGUUGCCUUACUGAAGAAACGUUUAAUACAAUGAAGCACGAAUGCUCAAAUUGCCAUGUUUGGAGUAAUUGUUACAGGAAACUUACUCCUAAACUGUAUGAUUAUGCAGCGGAAAGGAGAAUAAAAUUGGAUAAAAGCUGUUCCUACAUUUGUAAUACCUGCUAUUGCCGACUUUAUCGCAUUAUCAAGAAAGGAAACGAGCCAGGAGCUCCAAGUGCAGUUAAUAUAGAAUGUGAAAAUCAAGAACUCACCGUUUCUGAACCAUCGAAACUUGAUGAUCUCGCCGUUGCCGGACCAUCAGGCACCAAUAAUUUCGCUGUGGCGGGACCAUCUAGAGUGAAUAAUUUCGCCGCACCAGCAAACAUCAAUAACGGUGGUUUCGAAAUAAUCGAUCCCAAUGUCGCUGGAUCAUCGGAAAUUGACGCUGUUCCUAGUGUUGAAUCUUUGUUUUCUUUGGAAUCAACGAGUUCUGAAGCAAAUGGUAGCGCUGCUGCCCAGAAACUCGGAGACGGUCAGGAAAUUCUUCAACAAAUGAAGGCAAAAUUUAAUGAAAUAUCGGACAGAAACGAUCGAUAUAGGAUUCUAACUUCCCUUCCCAAAUCCUGGACUGCAUACAAAAUUAUGCAAGAAUUCGGUGUUUCGCAACGGACUGCUCAACGUGCAAAGGGAUUACAGAUUGAAAAAGGUAUUAUGAGCACACCGGAGAAUAAGAAUGAGUAAGUAAG